AUGUUUUACUCAGAACAAUUGCUGGCCAAGACCGGGCCUCUGGCUCGCGUUUGGCUUGCGUCCAACGUCGAACGCAAGCUUUCCAAAUCCCAAAUCCUGCAGUCAGAUAUUCAAAGUAGCGUCGGGGCGAUCGUGGAUCAAGGGCACGCGCCUAUGGCAUUGCGCUUAAGCGGUCAACUCAUGUUGGGCGUGGUGCGCAUCUACGGAAGAAAAGCCCGCUAUUUGCUGGAUGAUUGCAAUGAGGCCUUGAUCAAGAUUAGAAUGACUUUCAAAUCGACUAACAGUCAUGAUCUGCCUGCUCAUACUACGACUGCUGUUGAUCUCAAUCUUCCCGAAUUACUCACUAUCGACGAUCUCUUUUCCAACGUGGAUUUCGCAUACCCGAUGACACAACAACCAGCCAUCACGGGAGCCCACUCGCAAGAUCUCGAUGAAGACUGGACGAGCACGCUUCACCCUCAACAAAGCAACACACAGUCCUUACUGACGCCUGGCGCAGAGCCUCUGUACAAUGACGAUGACCUCCAUCUGGACUUUGGGGACCGAGCUGAUCUGGAUAUGAACGAGACUACUGUCAGCAUCAAUGUCGGCCGGAGUGCGCCUUCCCCUAAGACUGGCGGCGAGGAGAUUUUUGGCGAGGAGGGUCUCAUUCAUGAUGACGACGACCUCCACCUGAAUCUUGGUGAUAGUGACGAUGUACCAAUGAUGGACGAGGCUGACCUGCCUGCUCCGGACGACCGAGCCCUCCCAGGACCUGGCGAUGACGAACCGCUUGCAUUUGGAGACGACGAGACCAUGCAAUUGCGACAAGCGGCGGAGGAGCGUCAGCGGAACUCCGAAUCUCCUCUGUCAGAAGCGGGCUCGGCGGUUCUGCACGAACUUGAUGAGACUUUCCAGAACCAGGAGGCAGAAGAUGUUACAGAGGUCGUCGUUCAGCAGCGCCAGAGAAGUCGAAAACAGAAACCACUGGCCCCUGAUGUCGAUACGGUCUUGCACAACAAACAGAUCAAAGCCCAAGGAGAAGACCGAUCCAAGAUCUUGCGAGCGCCUUCCUUCCUUCCUCGAGACCCGAUCCUCCUCACCUUGAUGAAUAUGCAAAAGAAUGGCGACUUCGUUCUGAACGCGAUGAAUGACGGCCGGUCGAGAAACUGGGCCCCCGAAUUGCAAGGCCUUCUAUCAUUCGAGACAGUUACGCGACCAGGGCAACUCAAGCGGAAACGGGACAGUGGUAUUGGUGGACUCAGUGAGGAUGAGCACAGUGAAAAAUCACCGCGAUUGGAACGUCCAGAGGAUGCGAUGGAGGAUGAGGGUGUCCACGUUGACGAACACCGCACUCCAGGAAUUGCCGGUGUCCUCCCCGGUGGCAGUGCCCAACUUCGCACCGGUGAGGGAGCACCCACGUUGGAAGAUGUCGUUCCAGGAGAAGACGAUGAAGGUAUUUUUGGAGGUGAUGAUACGUUCGACGACACCACAAUGCCUCUCGUCCAUCCAGCAGACAGUGGUCCGAUAUCUUUGGGGACGAAGCGUGCUGUUCACUUAUUACGUGAUCGACUAGGUGAUGCGGGAGGUACACAUCCCUCAUCCCCGGCGAAGAAAUCGGUUCUUCUACAAGACCUGGUACCAGAAGGCACCACGAGCAAAGAAGAAGCUACCAAAAUGUUUUUCGAAACACUCGUUUUGGCAACCAAGGAUGCUAUCAAAGUUGAGCAGGGAGACCGAGCAAUAGGUUUGCCAUUACGAAUCAGAGCAAAGAGAGGAUUGUGGGGAUCUUGGGCGGAAACCAGUCCGAGCGAAGAUCCUGCUGCCAUGACCGCUUCACAACAACAAGUUGUUGCGGCAUGA